CUGCCUUUUAUAUACACGGACUCGCUCUUAAUACACGGACUCCCUCUUAUCAAUCCCCUGUUUAUUGUAAGUCAUGAAUGAUCAAAUAAUUGCAGAAAUUCUUGUCCGUUUGCCGCCGAAAUCUGUUUACAGAUUCCGGGCCGUAUCAAAAUCAUGGAACAAGUUGAUUUUGCAGCCCUAUUUCAUCAAAAAAUACGACAGCCGGCAACGGCGGCCGGACGGUGUGGGCUUGUUAUCCUUAUUCGGAGAGUUUUAUUGCCCCUGCAAUUUCUCCCAUUCCAAGAACCGGAAGAAAUCGGUUGAAUACCAUUCUCUAGAUCUUGAAGUCAGCGGCAUGUUUCUAGAACCAGUCAAGUUCAUAAAUAGCUCUAACGGUUUGAUUCUUUGCAGCCAAGGUGGUUGGUAUGAGGAGGGGUACCUCGUUCUCAACCCUGUUACAAAAAGGUCGGUGUCGUUGCCCCCGCUGCCGCCGUCGUCCUCGCCUGCACUACAUUCAUCCAUCGGGUUGAUGUGCAUAGAAAACAAAAGCCAACUGUCAGCCAAGUACAUCGUCGUCCAGACUGGUUAUCAUGUUCUCAGCGGAAGCGAAAAGGGUACUUUGAUGACCGUCACUUACUCUUCCGAGACAGGGGUCUGGGUGGAAGCAAAACUGCGUGUGAUCACGGACGUUGCCGACGCCGCCGAAGUCGCAAAAGAAGACAUCUACCUUUCUAUGUUCCGAGUUCCUCCUUUGGUGAUGAAUGGUGUUUUCCACUGGUACGAUUACUGGACCAACAUAGGCACAUUAACACUAGCACUUUACCGCCCCGACAGUGAAGCCGCGGUCUUAGAUUUCCGGAGCUACGAUGGAUUUGGAAAUAAUAAUCCCCUCUACGGCUCCAGCGCUCUUACGAGAUCAUCCAUUGAUAAUGGUGACGUUUUAUGGUUUGCCCUCGUUAUCUCCGAAACCAUGAGAGUUUUCAUGCUCCCAAAAGGCAACGAACAGUGGGUGUUAGUGCAUACUAUCAGUGUUGAAUCGCUCUGGCAGAAUGACACAGCCUUAGUGACCUCAUCGGGGAUGAGGAGCGGAGGGAAGAUAUUUUUGAAUGGCUUGGUUCAGGUGAAUGAUAAGAAGACUCCGGUUGCCCUAAUUCGAAGGAAAGAAACCGGGAGAGUCUUUCUUUACGACAUGGGCACCAAAGCUGUCCAAUCCCUACCAUAUCAAGGACGGCCGGUUAGGACCGAGUGGGGAGAUAUCGUCCAUGGCCCUGAAUUUCUAGCUCAUUAUCCUUAUUUACAGCCUUCAUCUCUUUCCACAUUUGCUCUUUAGGUCAUGGAUCUCCUAAUUGAUAAAAUAGUUUAGCACUUCAUAUAUUUUUGUAUUUGUAGUUCUUAUUUAAGGUUUACUUGUCAUGUAAUUGUGUGUGGAAUUCAAAGUUGAAAACUAAUUGCUUCAAUAAAGAUUUACUUUCAUUA